AUGAAGCUCUCUACCGCGUCUGUCCUCGCGGCACUCACUGCCCAAGCAUUCGCCCAAACCAAUUUCACAGGUGAUACCCUCCAAGGCUAUCCAAUCAUCGAGUACCUCGACCUCGCCGACGUACCAGCAAACACAAUCUCACGAUUCUGGAUCUCAGCAGCCGAAGCUCAAGGAGGUCUGCCAUACUUCCUACCAAUCUUCGUGGCUCGUGGCUCCACAGGCUCUCUGGAAAGUGGCCGUCGCCUAUCUCUCUCAGCAUCGAUACACGGUGACGAGCUGAAUGGUAUUCCAGUUGUGCAACGUGUGUUUGCUGCCCUGCGUGACGUGGUGUCCUCUGGUAACUUCAACGGCACAGUCAUAGGCAUACCCACCCAAAACAUCAACGGCAACAUUCUGAACCAGAGAAACUUCUUCUCCAGCUCGAACAAUGGCUUCUUUACCAACCUCAAUCGUGUCUUUCCAGGAACCAGCAUAGCAGAAGGAGGCAGUAUAGCGACGUCCUACGCCUACACAAUCUGGAACAGCGUAUGGGGCAACGCUUCAAACGUCGACAUCGCCGUCGACUUCCACACGCUAUCUACAGGCAGCAAUGGUCCGCUAUGGUGCUACGCAGAUUAUCGUCUCGAUGGCGUGCAGCGACUCGCCGAACUCACUGAGGCGGACGUGAUCAAGAUCGACCCUGGUGAGCCAGGCUCCAUCGAAACCACCUGGGUCGACUUUGGCGUCCCGGCUAUCACGCUUGAGAUCGGACCGGCCAAGAACUGGAAUCAGACUCUUAUCAGCCGAUCCCAAGAGUUCGUGUGGCGGCUCUUGGACGACUUGAAUAUGCUUCCUUCGAAUUACACGGCACCCCAGGAGGCCACAAGUAUUGGCUUGGAGAACAGCUAUCGCGCAACGAAUUUCUCUACGACUGUUGCUGAGAGGAGUGGUUGGGUGCAGAUGAAUGUGGUUCCGCUGCAGGACGUUGAGGAGGGCCAGGCUGUGGGAACGGUUUAUAAUUCGUGGGGUGACGUGAUACAGAAUUUGACGGCUGGUGCGUCGGGUAGAGUUCUGACGGUGAGGGUGGAUGCUGCGGUUGAGCAAGGUGCUGGUGUGCUUGAUAUUGCGUAUAAUGCUACUGCGUCGUAG